UCCUACGAAAGCCAACGUCCAUUCUCUGCCCUCGAUAACCCGCCACGCGAUUCUUUCCGUCAAAGACAAAUCCCCCUACAUCACGGACCCCUCGGUGACCUUCAGCGAUGGCGGACCAGUCCGUCUUCCGAAUCACGAAGGAGUUGAGCGAACUACAAAAGAACUCUGACCUCUCCCUCGCUGUUGCCUGUCGCGACAUCGAUGUGCGGAACGUCAAGGCCCUAAUCAUUGGGCCACACGACACCCCGUAUGAGUUCGGCUUCUUCGAGUUUGCGUUUAAAUUCAACAAAGAAUAUCCUAGAAAGUCUCCACAAGUCACCGCGAUCACAACCAACGGAGGCCGGUGCAGAUUCAACCCCAACAUCUAUGCCAACGGGAGGGUUUGCCUGUCGAUCCUCGGGACAUGGCGUGGGGAGCGAGGAGAGGAGUGGUCUGCCGUGCAGGGUCUUGAAUCCAUCCUGCUGUCUAUCCAGAGCCUGAUGUCUGCGAAUCCUUACGAGAACGAACCGGGCUUCGAGGAUGCCAACGAGCCAUCCGACCAAAAGAACCAAAAGGACUAUGUGCAGAAGAUUCGUCAUGAGACACUCAGGAUCUCCGUCAUCCAGCGAUUGGAGGAAUACCUGAAGAUCGGCCCCGACGGCAGCGUUCCGGCUCCCGUAGCCUCCAAGGACGAGUACGACCUAGACAUGGAUACCAUCGAAGACGAGUCUAGCGUCCCGUUUGAGCCGUUCAAGGACCUAUGCAAACGCCGGUUCUUGUGGUAUUACGAUUCCUACCUCGCUGCGGUUCAGAAAGGAAAGGAAGAUAUCAAGGACGGGUCGCCGUUUGUUCGGAUGCCGUUUGAGGGGACCAGUAAUACUAUGGAGGGCAAAUUCAAUUACACUGAGCUCGAGCGCCGGCUACAGAACAUCAAGAAGGCUCUUGAUGCCGAGACAGAGGCGUGGGAGACGGAAGGACUCGCUGCACAAGCCAAGGACAGUACCGUUGCUGUCAACCUCCGACGGCAGUUCGAGCAGAUUGUGGAAUCCUUCAAGCGUUCCGGUGUCCCGCACAACCUUGAGUUGGUGGAGGGCAACCCAUUUGUCUGGGUGCUGACCUACUUUGGAAAGCCCAUGACUAAUCUUGACGGCGGCCUGUUCAGGAUCAAGCUGUGCUUUAGCCCGCGAUUUCCCGAGGAGCAACCCCGGAUCAAAUUCGAGACGCGCCUGUUCCAUCAUAGGAUUGCCGCGGAUGGCACGCCUUGCUAUGUGGUCUCCAUGAGUCGCCGAGAGGAUGUCAAGACUCAUAUCGAGGCGGUUAUUGAAGCGCUGGAGGAGGAGCAACCUCCGUACGACCCUAGGACGCUUGUGUAUCCCGAGGCUUUCAAGCUCUACUGGGGAUCACCGGAGGACCGACGGAUGUACAACAGGCGGCUGCGUCGGUCGGUCCAGCAGUCGAUGGAAGAGUAGAUGAUGCCAGGCGCAGGAAACCGUUACCUCCCGCACACACCGGGGGUGACUGUGCCGGUCUGGGAGACUCUUCCCUUGUUUCUCUUACUCGAAUCUCCGGGCAUGGCAUCAGCUUGCUAGGUCUCUCGCGGGAUCCAAACCAAGCCCGUCGGCGUUCGGACAUGGCUAGGGCAGGGCACGAUCAAUAGGGAGGUGGCCAAACCCGAAGCGU